GUUCAAUAAAAUAUUUUCUUUUUAAUUGUUAACUAAAAAAAAACUUAAUUUGCUUUUUUUUUAGAUUUAUUUAAUAAACUUUUUUUCAGAUUUAUUCAGAAAAAAAACCAAUUAAAAGAAAAAAAUCAAAUCGUAAUUCAAUCAGAAGAAAUUCAAAUUGAAAACAAGAAGAGAUAAUAUAAUUCUAUUAUAUACAAUUAGAUUGAUUGAAAGCAAAAGUCAAGUCAAGCGAUUAAACUAUCAAAUUUAAAGACACAUUUACAUUAAUUUAAUAUUUGGGUUUAUAUAAACAAAUAAAAGAUGUCACGUUUUUUUAGACAAGGUUCAUCAUCUGAAUCAGAAGGUGAAAGUUCAUCAGAUUCAGAUGUUCCAACACAAAAGAAAACAACUCGUUAUGUUUCAUCAUCAGAAGACGAAGUUGAGGAAAAAAGAAUUGUAUUAUCAGCAAAAGAUAAACUUUGGAGCCAAUAUGACGAAAUUUUAAGAAAAGUUAAAAAUGCUCUUAAAACCAACGAUUGGGUUACAGUUUCAUCAGAAUUUGAUAUUAUUACAAAAUUAAUUACAAACAACAAAAAUAUUAGAAUUAUUGAAAAAGAUGGUUUCCCACCAUCAUUUGUUAAAGUAUUAUUUUUAAUUCAAGUUAGUCACAGAGAUUUAUCAGCAGAACAAAAAAAGAAAUUACAUGCAAAUAAUAAUAAAGCUUAUAAUAGUAUUAAACAAAAAUUAAAAAAAACAUGUGAUCUUUACAGCAAAGAAUUAAAACCAUAUCACGAUAAUCCAGCUUUAGCCAACGACUCUGCUGACACUAAAGGUAAUAAUAGUGAAGACGAUGAAUCAGAAGAAGAAUCCGAAGAGGAAAGUGAAACAGAAUCAGAAGAAAGUGACAGUGAAGAUGAAAAACCAAAGAAGAAACCAGUUAAACCAACUCCAGCUUCAACUAAAAAAUCAUCAUUCUUUAAGAAAACAGCUGCUGCUGAUUCAUCAGAAUCUGAAGAAUCUGAUAAAAAAUUAACUCAAGAACAAGUUAUGAAAAAAGUUAAAGAAGUUAUUGCUGCUAGAGGUAAAUUAAAGACUGAUCCAGUUAAACAAAUUCAACAACUCGAAUAUCUUUAUUCUUUAAUUCAAGGCGAAAAAGAAACCUUUGUUGUUCUUUACCAAUUAAUUGCUGCUCAAUUUGAUACUGCUAGUGUAAAAGUUGCUCUUGCCAUUCCAACCUGGACCAAAGUUGCUGAAGGUAUUAAAAAACUUUUAGAAAUCCUUAGAAAGAAUCCAAACUUUGUUUUAGCACUCGAACACCAAGAACCAGAAGUCCAAAAAGGUCAAGUUGUUGUUCAUGGUAAUCUUUUAGCUUUAUUUGAAAUGUUAGACGAUGAAUUCUCAAAGAGUCUUCAAUCUAUCAAUUAUCCAACCAAAGAAUAUUUAGACCGUCUUCAAGAUGAACAAGUUAUUUUAGAUUUAGGUUCUGAACUUCAACAAUACUACGAACAAGCCAAAAAUACCGAAUCUGCUGCUAAAAUUGCUAUUCGUCGUAUUGAACACAUUUAUUAUAAAUCAAGCAACCUCAAGAAUACCAUUGUUCCAAACACAAUGUCAUUAGAUGAACAAACUCAAUUAAUGAGCAAACUCUCAUCAUUCAUUUACAAAUUUGGUGAUGAACGUCUCAAUGCUAGAACUAUUCUUUGUAAUAUCUAUUUCAGUGCCAUCAAUAAUAAAUUCCACGAAGCUCGUGAUUUAAUGCUUAUGAGCCAUCUCCAAGAUAACCCAACUCUUAUGGAUGUUUCAACUCAAAUUCUUUUCAAUCGUGCUAUGGUCCAAUUAGGUCUUUGCGCUUUCCGUAGUGGUCAUAUUGCUGAAGCCCAACAAUGUGUUGUUGAAUUCUCUGGUCUCCGUAAAGAUCUUUUAGCUCAAGGUCUUUCAGUUCAAAGUAAAACCGUUGAAAAAGAUACCGUCCGUGAACUCGAAGAAACUACUCGUAUGCUUCCAGCUCAUAUGUGGAUCCCAAUCGAUUUAAUCGAAACUGUUAAUUUAAUCUCUGGUAUGUUAAUUGCUGUUCCACAAAAUGCUUAUCGUCCAUUUGACAAUAAAUUCAAAACUUGUAAAUUCUAUCAACGUCACAUGGAUAGUGUUGACCGUCAAAUUUUCAUUGCUCCAUCAGAAACCAGCAAAGAUAUCAUCUACCAAGCUAGUAAAGCCCUUUCCGCUGGUGACUGGCAACAAUGUGUUGAACACGUCAACACUCUUCGUUUCUGGAGCUCCAUUCCAGAACCAGAAUUAGUUCGUGAAAAACUUACUCGUAUCAUUCAAGAGGUCUCAUUAAAAACUUUCUUAUUUACCUAUUCAACUUCAUAUGAUUCAAUUCUCAUCGCCGAAUUAGCUGAUCGUUUCCAAUUACCAAAGGCUCACGUUCACUCAAUUGUCGCUAAAAUGAUGGUUAAUCACGAAAUUUCAGCUUCAAUGGAACACUCAACCGAAUCAAUUACCUUCCGUGCCGAACAAACUAAAUUCCAAUACCUCGCUUUACAUUAUUCAGAAUCUUUAGUCGAUUUCGUUGAACAAAACGAACGUAUUUAUGAUGUUAAAUUUGGUACUUCCUACAGAAAGAAAGGUGAUAAUGAACACUUACAAAUGGGUCACCAACAACACCACGGUCACCACCACUAUCACCAUGGUCAACAACAUCACAACCAACAACAUCACGGCCAACAACACCAACAACAACAAUCACAACAACAACACCAACAAAAAAAACAACAACAUCAACAAAAAGGUAAAAAGAAACAAAACCCAUUAGUUGUUAAUUAAAUAAUAAUUUAAUAAUUUUUAUUUAUAAAAAAAAAAAAAUCAAAAAAUAAUUUAAUCAAUAACAAAUAAUAACUACACCACUUUAUAUAUACACAUAAAUAAUUUAAAUUUUUUUUCUUUUUAAAACAAAAAAAAAAAAAAGAUAUAUUAAAACAAAAAAAAAAUGAAAAAAAAAAUAAAAUAAAAAAAAUUAUAAAAAAAAACAUU